AAACUGCAAAGCUCGACACUGAUUCAAGACGUCAGUUUUGAGCGUCACAUCCCUACCAAUCAGCCUGUCUAUGGUCACAUGUCAGUAUCGAAACCGAAACUUUUUUUGUUGGAGCAGACGCGCCAUUUUGUGCAUUCGGAAGAGGGCUAUUUCAAAAAGAAGAAACGAGGUGUAAGACCAGGAAAAGGGGGGUGGCCUAAAAUGUGGUCCUGUGAGAAAGACGAACAUGACCGUGAGCCUGUGGGUCCAGAGAAGAAGAGGUCCCAUUCCCCUACACCCAGCUGUGUGUCCAUGAAGAGUGAUGCAUCUAUGGGUCGGCUAAUCACCUUUAAAGAGGGAGACUCUUCUACCAGACAGUCUCUCCUGUUCUCAUUCUCCAGUGUAAGACCAGGAAAAGGGGGGUGGCCUAAAAUGUGGUCCUGUGAGAAAGACGAACAUGACCGUGAGCCUGUGGGUCCAGAGAAGAAGAGGUCCCAUUCCCCUACACCCAGCUGUGUGUCCAUCAAGAGUGAUGCAUCUAUGGGUUGGCUAAUCACCUUUAAAGAGGGAGACUCUUCUACCAGACAGUCUCUCCUGUUCUCAUUCUCCAGUGUAAGACCAGGAAAAGGGGGGUGGCCUAAAAUGUGGUCCUGUGAGAAAGACGAACAUGACCGUGAGCCUGUGGGUCCAGAGAAGAAGAGGUCCCAUUCCCCUACACCCAGCUGUGUGUCCAUCAAGAGUGAUGCAUCUAUGGGUUGGCUAAUCACCUUUAAAGAGGGAGACUCUUCUACCAGACAUCCAAAGAAGCAGAGGAAGAAGAGGUCCCAUUCCCCUACACCCAGCUGUGUGUCCAUGAAGAGUGAUGCAUCUAUGGGUCAGCCAAACAACUUUAAAGAGGGAGACUCUUCUACCAGACAUCCAGAGAAGAAGAGGUCCCAUUCCCCUACACCCAGCUGUGUGUCCAUGAAGAGUGAUGCAUCUAUGGGUCAGCCAAUCAACUUUAAAGAGGGAGACUCUUCUACCAGACAUCCAAAGAAGCAGAGGAAGAAGAGGUCCCAUUCCCCUACACCCAGCUGUGUGUCCAUGAAGAGUGAUGCAUCUAUGGGUCAGCCAAUCAACUUUAAAGAGGGAGACUCUUCUACCAGACAGCCAAAGCAGAGGAAGAAGAGGUCCCACUCCUCUACACCCAGCUGUGUGUCCAUGAAGAGUGAUGCAUCUAUGAGUCGGCCAAUCAACUUUAAAGAGGGAGACUCUUCUACUGGACAAUUUCAGCAGAUCCACAAAUCCCACCUGCAGAAGAAGUUUCAGUGUCUGAUUGAGGGAAUCCCACAGCAGGGAGACACCAGACUCCUCCAUGAGAUCUACACAGACCUCUACAUCACAGAGGGGGGAGGAGGAGAGGUCAAUGAUGAACAUGAGGUCAGACAGAUAGAGAGGGCAUCCUGGAGAGAAGCAGCACGAGGCAAACCCAUCAAAUGCAGUGACAUCUUUAAAGACAAAUCCCUCAGAACAGUGCUGACAAAGGGAGUGGCUGGCAUUGGAAAAACCGUCUCAGUGCAGAAGUUCAUUCUGGACUGGGCUGAGGGAACAGCCAAUCAGGAUGUCCACUUCAUAUUUCCUCUUCCUUUCCGGGAGCUGAACCUGAUGAAGGAGAAGAAACUCAGUCUGGUGGAUCUUAUUCAGCACUUUUUCCCAGAAAUCAAAGAUCAGGAAGUCUUCUCCAGGUCAGAGCACAGAGUCAUGUUCAUCUUUGAUGGUCUGGAUGAGUGUCGACUUCCUCUAGAUUUCCGCUCCAACCCGAGGUGUUGUGAUGUGACAGAGCCAGCCUCAGUGGACGUGCUGCUGACAAACCUCAAAGGGGAUCUGCUUCCUUCUGCUCUCCUCUGGAUCACCACCCGACCAGCAGCAGCCAAUCAGAUCCCUCCUGAGUGUGUGGCCCAGGUGACAGAAAUAAGGGGAUUCAACGACCCACAGAAAGAUGAGUACUUCAGGAAGAGAAUCAGUGAUGAGAACUUGUCCAGCAGAGCCAUCACACACCUGAAGUCAUCCAGGAGCCUCUACAUCAUGUGCCACAUUCCAGUCUUCUGCUGGAUUACAGCCACCGUUGUAGAGAAAACAUCAAAAGAAUCAGACAAAGUAGAAAUGCCAAGGACUCUGACUCAAAUGUACACUCACUUCCUGGUCAUUCAGACAGGCAUGAAGCAUGUCAAGUACACAGAGAGAAAAGAGACAGAUGAAGAGGUGAUUUUCAAACUGGGGAAACUGGCUUUCCAACAGCUGGAGAAAGGCAAUCUGAUCUUCUAUGAGGAAGACCUGAGAGAGUGUGGCAUUGACAUCACAGAAGCAUCAGUGUACUCAGGAGUGUGUACUCAGAUCUUCAGAGAGGAGGCUGGGUACCAGGGGAAAGUGUUCAGCUUUGUGCAUCUGAGCAUCCAGGAGUUUCUUGCAGCUCUGUAUGUGUUCCUCUGCUUCAGCAACAGACAGAGAAACAUGCCUGACCAACAGCAAACCUCUCAGCUCUCUGCUCUGUUCAGAGCUGCAACACUUCAUGACCUACACAAGACUGCAGUGGACCUGGCCUUACAGAGUAAGAAUGGACACCUGGACCUUUUCCUCCGCUUCCUUCUGGGCCUCUCACUGGAGUCCAAUCAGAAUCUCUUAAAGCACCUUCUGCCACAGAGCAGUAGCCAAUCAGAUAGCUCAGAGCAAACAGUCCAGUAUGUCAAACAGAAGAUCAGAGAUCAGAGUGGCUCAGACAGAAGGAUCAACCUGUUCUACUGUCUGAAUGAGCUGAAUCACCAUGCUGUAGUGGAGCACAAAAUGAGCUCAGAAGAUCUGUAUGUAGAGAUGCUCUUACCAGGACAGUGGGAGACUGGGACAUUUCAGUUGAAGAUGUCAGAGGAGCAGCUGGCUGAGUUUGACCUGCAGACGUACAUAAAGACACCAGAGGAAGAUCAGACUGAACUCCUCAGUCCAGAUGAAGUUCUUCAGAAGCUGCUGCCAGCGGUCACAACAUGCACAUCAGCUGAGCUGCAGUACUGUGAUCUGACCGAUAAGAGCUGUUUCUAUCUGGCCUCUGCACUGAAGACAUCACACUCAUCAAAUCUCAGAGUGCUGCACCUGAGUGACAAUAAGCUGCUGGACUCAGGAGUGGAACUUUUAUGUUCUGCUCUUUGUCAUCAAAACUGCAAUCUGGAGGAACUACGGCUGGAUGGCUGUAAUCUGACCGAUAAGAGCUGUUCCUAUCUGGCCUCUGCACUGAAGACAUCACACUCAUCAAAUCUCAGAGUGCUGAACCUGAGUAGCAAUAAGCUGCUGGACUCAGGAGUGGAACUUUUAUGUUCUGCUCUUUGUCAUCAAAACUGCAAUCUGGAGGAACUACAGCUGGAUGAGUGUGAUCUGACCGAUGACAGCUGUUCCUAUCUGGCCUCUGCACUGAAGACAUCACACUCAUCAAAUCUCAGAGUGCUGCACCUGAGUGACAAUAAGCUGCUGGACUCAGGAGUGGAACUUUUAUGUUCUGCUCUUUGUCAUCAAAACUGCAAUCUGGAGGAACUAGGGCUGCGGUACUGUAAUCUGACCGAUAAGAGCUGUUCCUAUCUGGCCUCUGCACUGAAGACAUCACACUCAUCAAAUCUCAGAGUGCUGAACCUGAAUGGCAAUAAGCUGCUGGACUCAGGAGUGGAACUUUUAUGUUCUGCUCUUUGUCAUCAAAACUGCAAACUGGAGGAACUACAGCUGUAUGGCUGUAAACUGACCGAUAAGAGCUGUUCCUAUCUGGCCUCUGCACUGAAGACAUCACACUCAUCAAAUCUCAGAGUGCUGCACCUGAGUAGCAAUAAGCUGCUGGACUCAGGAGUGGAACUUUUAUGUUCUGCUCUUUGUCAUCAAAACUGCAAUCUGGAGGAACUAUGGCUGCAGUACUGUGAUCUGACCGAUAAGAGCUGUUCCUAUCUGGCCUCUGCACUGAAGACAUCACACUCAUCAAAUCUCAGAGUGCUGCACCUGAAUGGCAAUAAGCUGCUGGACUCAGGAGUGGAACUUUUAUGUUCUGCUCUUUGUCAUCAAAACUGCAAACUGGAGGAACUACAGCUGGAUGAGUGUGAUCUGACCGAUAAGAGCUGUUCCUAUCUGGCCUCUGCUCUUAAGUCUCCCUCCUCAAAUCUCACACAGCUGCACCUGAGGGUCAAUCAGAUGAGUGCAUCAGCUGUAGAGGCGCUCUGUGCUCUAGUGAAGGACCCACACUGUAAACUGGAGAAACUAGAAACUGAUCGUGGAACAGUAGAGUGUUGAGCCAUGACCCUGAGCUGGAUGGGGUCUGUGGGGCAGGAACUCAUGACAUGAGGAUGUGAUCCAACACACACACACA